AUGACAAAACCUGACGACAGUAUGGAGCAUCUCUCUGCUGAGGAGCGCGCAUGUCUCACAUUCCUGGAGGAAACCAUUGAAUCUCUGGAAGUGGAGAACGACAGUGGCUUGUCAAACAAUGAACCAGGUCAUGGGUCUCGCAGUCUGACAAAUAAGAUGGCUCACCUUAACUUUAUUAGCCAAGCUAAACCAGAGGAGCUAUCAGUCCAUGAUGAUCCCAAUAAAAUUUUGGGAAAAGACCAUAAACCCCACAAAUUCCUUGUCCCAACUCCACUAGUUUUAGCCAAUGGCAAUGCCAAAUUACUGAAAAAAAUUGAUUUCUCCAGUACUGAACAAAAACCAGCUAUACUGGUUGCCACACCUAAAUCCACUGCAUUUAACUCUCACCAUUCCUCAGCGUUACUGACUUCCACAAAUGGACCUGCAAUGUCCGGUCCAAAUCCUGUGAGACACGAGCCAAAUGCUUACCCAUCCAGCAAGCUGACGGAGUUUCCGCCGCCUUUUAUACCUGAGCCUCCAGUCAAACCUGAUUCUUCAAGUGGUGCUAUAGCCAAAGACAACCAUCCUAAGAGUAAUCCCAAUCCAAGGUCAGAUCAGAUGCACAAGAGUGUUUCAUCCAAUAUGCCAAUGGAGCUGCUUCCUCCUCCUUCAGACUUUAUGGAUGAGCCGGUACUCCUUCCACCAGUACACACUCUGCCAGCAGAGCAAAGCCAACUCCAAACCUCAACUCAACUCUCCUCACAGCUUGCAUCCCAAUUCCCAUUACAGCCAUGUCAAAGUGAAAGCAUGCCAAUUGCCCCUCCUCCAGGUUUUGAUGAACAUAUCAAAAUGAACAAGCCUUUAACACCUGAUUCUACAUCCCCAAGAGGACAGCUGUCCCCAAAUGAGAGAGACAAAUUGCAUGAAAAAGUAUCAAUGAAGAAAGGUCCUGAAAAAGUGCCAGUAUCUCCAGUAAAAUCUGCUCAUAUUGUGUCAGACCAGGCAAAUUCUCCAACCUUUGGUCCAGAUACCAGUACAUUCACUGUAGUGGACUAUGGAGAACCUAAAAGCCCACCCAGUGUGGCACCCAAACCCAAAAAACUGCCUUCUAGCAUUGUCCUAAAAAGCCACAAAGAUGCCACACCAGUUCAUUCCCUCAUUUCACCAGGUGAUCGUAUGAUGGUCAACCAACAGAAGGUCCACCUGGAAGCUCUGAAGAAACUUGGCUUGCUGAAGAGUGAUGAAACCGACUCGGGUGUGUCUCCCAGUCCACCACACAAAGCUUCUCCACAGACUUCCUUUAACUCAAGCACUUCUGCAGAACCUACUACUGAUUCUGGGCUUGUGCACACUGAGCACUAUUCAGUAGUCGAGGCACAAGGAAAAAGAGAGUGUUCAUUUUUUCCUGUACACCCUGAAAAAGGAGAAAGAGAAAAUCUGUUGAUCACAAGGGCACCAAGUCCAAAACCCUUUGAAAUGAAAUCGGCUUCCAUGGAGCGAUCAGGUGUAGGUUUGAAAAGCCUUACACUCGAGAAUCCAUCACAGUUUAUAAGCCAGGAAGAGAAUCCUGACAAUGUGAUGCUUCCACUUGGACAUCUGCAAAAUAACCGAUCUCGACCUGCUUCCGAGGGAAGCGGGACAGACUUCAGUAUCAACCAGAUACCUCCUGAAUCAAGCAGAGAGACAGAGCUCAGGAGGUCUUUGCCUAAUCCUGCUCCGUCACUAGCACAGCCAAAGGUUGAGCCCCAGAAGUCUCUUCGGUCAUAUGGCAUCAGCGUGGUCAUCUGUCCACAGAGCAAGAAUGGUGAGGACCGCAAGCAGGCUCUGAGGAGAUUGGGACUGUUCAAAGACUAAGGUUCAAAAUGUUUUCCCAACAGACUGUAUAUUGGACUUCCUGAUCAAGAUUGCUUCCCAAAACAGUAAGAAUGCUGAUCCAGGAUAUAAGAUGUAUAUAUUUUAUUUUCUAAUCAUUAGACUGGAAUGGGGAGGCUAUGGUGUAGCACUUUUAUUCUAGACACAAGUUUCCAAUCCUAAUCCUGGAGAACCCCUGGUCCUGCUCAUCAGCAAAGAAACAUCCCUUCCUGAGUUUUGAAGUGGGUGUGUUACAGCAGAAACUAGCAUGUGCAGGUAAGUGGUCUCCAGGAUGAGGUUUGGGAGCCUGUCCUGUAAAAUGUAGUUACAAAUGGGUCUCUGUAUGUACACUGGACAUUAAGAAAGGUGCUGCAUGAAAACAGUACCAAGGGCAUUCUUUGAAUACUUGGACAUUCUGGAUGUGCUGGAACCUUUUUACUUUGGUGGAUAAGUGUAACAUUUAGUAAGUAUAGACUUUGAUUAAGGAAAUCAAAAUUCAUCCACAGUGUGCCUGCUGCUGUGCUGUUUCUAGCUGAAGGAUCUGUUAGGAAACGUGAAGGAUAAUUACAAAUGUCUUGACUAAAAUGCUUAGUACGAGGUGUUGCCAUUAACAGACAGGCCUUGCACUCAUCGUGCACAAGUUACCCUACUGUGGCUUUUUUUUUUUUCUUAGAGAGGUCUUUGUUAUUGAGAAUAAGGGCAAAAUCUCAGUCUAAACUUUGUUUAGCAAUGAAAUUCAAACUGUUCUUAAUUAAACUGUUCUACAAGC